CCCUAAUCACGCUGUUUACGAACGAGUAAACAUGCAAACGAAGGAAGGGACAGAGAGACCAAAACAAUUACGGAAGAUAACCACAAAAAGAACGUGGAAAAUUUGUGAAAAUCGUGUGUGGCGCAUUGAAAAUGGUGCUGCGGUCAGGGAUUAUAAUUCCAUUUCAGUUUCGGGACACAAAGAAGCUGCUAAUGAUUGGCGUGCCCGAGGAGAAUCGAAAUCUUAACAUAUGGGACCUGAAGAACGUGGUGCGUGCCGCCUUCGGAAUAUACAAUUUCGAGUUUCGCAACAAGAAAAUUGGCUUUAACAUACCCGACGAGCUGCUGCUGCACUAUCUGGCCCAAAGGCAUGACCUUACCAAUUUCGUUAUAGAAAUCAGUCAAGUGUACGAUGUGGCCUUGGAUAACUACGUCUUAAAUCGCCAGUGCCGUUGCGCGGAGCAGAAAAUACUGAACGAAUCGCCCACACCCGAGGAACCCACGAACCUAUGCCAGCCCAGCAGCGUAUUGGAAACGACGCCUACUCCCAUUUUGGCUAUGCCGCCUUGCGAAGACGAGGAGCACGAGGAGAGCAUGAAGUACCGCAUCGAUAAGACCAGCAGCAGUGGAGCGGCCUCGGCGGAUCUGGGGAUGCAUGCCUAUGAGGCGUGCAGCCCGAAGAUGGACUACGAUACACAAGACGAGCUGCCGGAUUCACCACAUUCACAGCAGCUGCCACCACCGCCAUUGCCUUUGCCAGCGGCCUUGCCGUUGCCACCACCCCCAACAUCCCACCAUCAUCAGUUGCAGCAGCAGCAGCAGCAGCAGCACGAGGAAGAGCAGCAACAACUGCUUCAGGAGCGCAUCCAGCACGAGUACAUGAUCCAACAGCAGCAACAGCACCAGCACUUGCAGCAGCAGCAACAGCAUUUGGCUCUCCUGCAGCAGCAGCAGCAAGAGGAACAGCAACAGCAGCAGGCAGCCACUGGAGCGCACGCAUUGCCCGGCCAACAACAGGUCUUGAGCAUGGCCAUGGGCACGACUGCCACCAAUAACAUUCGACAACGCAAGGAACGCAUGUCUAAGCGACAGAAAGAGCUCUACGUGCACUUUCUGCAGCAGCAUCAGUUCAUCAAUGAUCAUCGCCGCAACGAUCCUGUGCUGGAUCCCUACUGGCUGAAGUUGGCCAAUCUGUUGAAUGCAGUGCCCCAGGGCGCUGUCAAGCAUGUGACCGAGUGGAAGCAGACCUUCGACAACUGGCGCUACCGCAUCUUUCUCUACGCACGUUACAACUCCAAGCUGCAGGACGAGGAGGCCCAGAAUCCGCGCAACUUCAAGCCCCUGACACGCACCGAUAAGCAGGCCUACAUCAUGUGGAUACGCAACCCGGAUACGGCGCCCCCCGAUCUGGACAAAAUGCGGAAUGUCUUCUGCAAUCUGGAGGAGACCACCGCGCAGCAGGACUAGCGGCGCCUGGGAUCGAACUCCAUAAAUUGCCAUUGUCGUAGUUUAUAAAUAUGGAACAUAUAUAUAUAUUUUUUUUUUCGUCUAUCUUGUCUUUCCUGGUUUCAAUCGUCGUUAACUGUGUAUUUGUAUAUGUUUUUCCUGUUUC